ACUGUCACGGUGAUCAGUGCAGCAGUCAUGGUGCAGCGGAGCUGUGGUGUUCCCCAGGCAGGGAGAGCCUGCAGCAAGGCCCCGCUCCCUCACAGAACCAGCAGGUGCCAUGCACUGGCAGAGGGCAGGAUGGUGUUCUCAGGCCCAGAUGGUAUACGUGAUCACAGAACAAGGAGGCCUGAGCACACUCACUACAUAGGAGCAACAUCUCCAGCAAUAGAAGGUAGCAGUGAUGCUGGCUACUUGUGGCGGCCGGCCUCCUGCUUCUCAUCCCCACUGCUUCGCCGAUGUCAGUACGCCAGAGAAAUCGGGUGGGGAGUGCAAGAGCUCAGCUAUUUCACUUGGAGAAAUCUCCAGAGCGGAGCACAGAUCAAGAGAGGACAGAUCUGGCAGGCUGCUGAAGAUGAAGCAACACACCGAUACCAAAAUCCAUGGCAGCCAGCUCCCUGGGUUCUUGAACAUCAAGGCCGUGGUGCGCGGGCCCGGCUGGCCUGGGAUCUGGGCAGCCACAAAGGCUGCCUUCACCCCCACAGAGAGCGGGCAGCCAUGAUCCACACUCCUCCCAGACACCAGCACAAAGGGAAAAGGGAUGUCCACUUCAAAAGAAGUUAAAUUAGUUCAGUUCUCCAAGCUCCAGAAGAUGAAAACAAGAAGCACAUGCAGAGCCUCAUAUUAUCAAAUACAUAAUCAUCCAGCAGGUGGAGACUGCAAUUAGAAACAGCAGUAAAUAUUUCAGACCAUUGUCCUAUGUAUAGUUUAAGUUUAAUGGAAACCAUAAGCAUUAGAAAUGAGAUCCUGUGAAAGCAGUUCUGCUAAUUAAAUAAAAAAAAAUAAGAAAAACGACUCAUACUGGUAGGUAGCCUAUCAUGUAUUCUUCUUAUGGUCUUGAGCAAGUUAAAGAUUCUUAAUGAUACCCUGAAUUUUUAUCAGGUCUUAAUUGUGAAAUGCAAAGAGACAUUUUAUCAAAUGCACUACAUAACAGUAAAAUAACAGCCACUGGUAGAGGAAAGGCAAAAGUUUUUUGACAGCAAUUUGAUCUGCCUGUUUCAAGCAAGUUUUCACCCAAGCCAUUAUAAUUAUAGCACUUCCGGAUUCCAGCCUGAAGUCAUUUUUAUCUUUUCCACUACAGGUAACACUAAUGCAGAAAGCCUGGUAGCACUUCCCCAGUGCUUCAGGAAAACAUACUGCUGGUUCCCAGAUUAGCAGUUCAACACACUUCAAUUCCAGUAUACUAGAAGUAAACAAUUAUAGACACUCUUUCAUUUUGAAGUUGAAGAAGCACCUAAAGACGACCCACACACUGUCUUAAGAGAGAUUCUUUAUAUAUAGUUAUCUGUUACUCCUGAAAGCCCAAGAAAAUACUUUUUUUCCUUCUGAGCUCAAUCCAUUUUGUUUAAAAAUAAUCAUAUAAGCAAGGUACAAUAAAUAAGACACAAGUUUGGUUUUUUUUCCUCUGAUGUUCAGCUUUCUCUGUGGGUUCUCAUUGACUAGAUGAAUAAAAAAAUUGAAAGCAUUUAAAAACAUAAGAGUAGCUUAAAAUGAGCUGGAAAGCACAGGUGAAACUUUUGACAUGCUGUGGACAAGCAACAGUUGCAGUUUCUACUACCCUCUCACUCUGGUACACUGCAAAGCUCUCUACAGGACAGUUGCCAGCCUGAAGCACCACAAUGACACCACCACCUAUUUGUCAUUCAGCCUCAGGUGGGGUUUUGACUACUGUUGUACCACAAAGAACUUAAAAUCUAUUACAUGGAAAGUAACUGCAGGUUUGUACACACGUAAAGGAAUCUUCAAGCGUACAGAAUUAAGUAAAUGUUUGAUCUAUGCUAGUACACACACUUUUGGCAAAAUUUAAGUCAACAUGACCAUGGUAAAAGAACCACACUCCCCCUGGAGUUCAGUGGACCACUUCUCCAUUCAUUCAUUCUUCUCCUCUUGUUAGCAAAAAUCCAUAAAAUCUGAUAGAAGAAUCAAAGUGUCUUUAAUGCGGAUUACAGAAAAAUUACAAGCUCCUGUAAUUGUCAUUUUACUGUGAUUUUUCAUUUAAAAAAGGAAAUAAAAAUACUCCACCUUCUCAAAUACAGAAAUUGCAUAUAAAAAUCCCAAAGCAACAGUGGAAAAAAUGCUUUCACUGCAGAACCAACUAAUGAGUUCAAAACUGCCAGAAAGUAAGGUGCUCUUUUGCAAGCAUUACAAUUCAACCAAACCUGCAGGCUUUUCAGUGCCCAAAAGAAUCCUGAAAGGACACUGAUAUUCACGUUCUUGACCCUAGUACUUGACUUCAAGAACUUAAAAUAA